AUUAACCACGUGGGGCCGUGCCUUCGUGUAGCCGCCUUCUUUUUUUUUUUUCCCCUCCUGUGUUUCGUUACGUUCUUUGGAAGACUCGAGCAGAUCGAUAGCUUACUCAUCCAUCAAUGGCGAUAGCUAAAGCUGAUACCCCAAGCCUCGCUGAGUCGGAGACCAUUCAGCUGCAGACAGCACCAGGAGAUUUUCGUUUCCCAACUACUAAUCAAACGAGGCACUGCUUUACCCGAUAUAUUGAGUAUCACCGCUGCAUAGCUGCUAAGGAAGAAGGUGCUCCAGAGUGUCAGAAAUUUGCAAAAUAUUACCGAUCUCUGUGUCCUGAUGAGUGGGUCGAGCGAUGGGAUGAGCAGAGGGCAAAUGGCAUCUUUCCUGGUCCUCUGUAGACAGCAUCUGUCUUGGCAAAUGGUUUGGUUGCUGCUGUUAUUGCUCUGAAAUAAACAGAUGAAUUUCUUCAAUAUGAAGUGAUUUUUUUUUAAACAUUACAUAUGGAUGGGAAGUGUAUUCUUAAGGAUGUGGAAUAUUCAUUGGUGAUUUGGUAUAAAUAAAUGACUUUGGCUUGUGUUUUAGAA